ACAGCUAGAAUAUUCUAAGCCGUAGUAGAAAUCGAUUGCCUGUCGACGCAACGCCCUGCCCCAUCUCAUUUUAUUGCGCUCGUCCGCGGUGCCCAACCAACAGUCUAGACCGACGCUCAGUUCAGCAUAGACCACGCCUUUCGAUUUUUUAGGCGCCGCAAAAAUUGUCGUCUCAUCUUAGUUCAUCCCGCUCGCUUGGACCGGCGUUCAAUCCACCGUAAUCUGCGCCGCAGUAAAAGCGGCGCUUUUCAACAUGCGUAACCCGUCGAAUGGCGACAGGUCGCGAGCACCAAUAGCGAUUGGCGAUCGUUUCUGGCGGCGCUCGUGCGACUUCAGCGGGCUCAGGGAGCCGCUCGUCAUGCCCACCUGCCUGCCGCAAUCGCCGCCGCAUCCCGCGCAGCUGCACAAGUGGGCGGACCGUGCCGUGUACGCGCUCUGCUUGAUGCUGCUUCUCGGAUCGCUCCUCCUGGUCCACCACACCACGCGUCGCGGCUCGGAGGUCUCGAUAUCCGCCGACUUGCGUACCAACAACAGCAGCAAUGCGAGCGGUCCGGGGAGAGUGCCGCGCCUCGUAGUAGGCUCUUUAUUGGGUAACCACUACCCUCUCUUCCACAAUUCAGGUGCCGCGUUAAACUGCUCGUUCGACAGCUCACAGUUAGGAACAGAUCGCGGGCAUUUAGAACAAGACGCUUCCAAGUUGCAUCGGGAAAACCUCGCACGAUCGCAACGGUUAGCGGGCCGAAUCGUGCCGCGCUUUAAUCUGCCGCGCAUUUCGUGGGUUCCGGAGAAAGGAAAGUUUCUGCUGGCCACGUGUACGCGUGGACACGUGGCGGACCGCGUGGCGUGCCUGCAGCGGUACGUGCUUGUAGCGGCGAUGGUGAAUCGCACCCUCGUCGUUCCCGAGGACGACCUGUGCGGGGAUUACGGCGACAUUUCAAGUAUUAAUACUGGCCGACGCCACCAUGAUUCUAGCGAACCGUCCAUUAGUUUCACGCGAGUGCUCGAUCUCGCUAAGCUUGAAGCGUGCUUCGCUGGCAGCAGCAGCAGCAGCGGCAUCAGCAGUAGCAACAGUAGCACGAGCAGCGGCAAGGCCGGGAGAGACGGAAGGGCUAAUGCGGCAAGGAGACUGAGUAGCGUGCCCCCUUCUCUCACUAGUGGAAGCGGCAACAGCGGCGGUAAUAGCGGCGGAAACAGCGGCAGGAGCGGCGGCGAGAACGACGGCAGGAGCGACGGGGGUGCUACCGUUCCUCUCGUAAUGACAUUGUCGCGCUUCUUGCGGCUCCGACGAAUGGAGAGCGUCCACGUGGAGAGUGUCGCGUGUGGUCAUUCCCCCGGCAGCUGCGCUCUCCCGCCCCACUGCGCCGCCCAAAUUGACGGGAACGACCGGAGGACGAACCCUUCGUCUUCACCCUCCUCGCGAAGUGACCGCGUGGUAACCCGUGUAACUUUCCCUCGUCGCACGGAUCGCAUGCCGCCUUUCGCGUCAGCCAUCGCCGACUUCCCUCGCGCUAUAAUCACCUCUGCGCCACGAUCCUACCGCGCGUCGGUGCUCUCCCUUGGGGAUCUGCGCAACUUGAACGCGUCGGACCUUCCUAUCGGAGCAAGUAUACCAUAUCGCGUAUUUCAGAAGCUGCUUGCUACUGAGAAGUUUUUCGAGACUUCGGCAAAAGCAGAAGACUGCUUGAUUUCGUUGCAGCCGUCUCGCGAAGUGGUCGCGCUAGCGGAUUGGUACCGGCGGGAGUAUAUCGGAGGUGACUAUGCCGCGUUGCACCUGGAACGGCGAGAGUACUAUAGCGGGCGGAAUCGAAGCAGCGUGGGAGGCUCGGAAGCAGCAGAGAAGAGGGGUGAGAUGGGAAUGAAAAGCAGUGAAGAUUUACGGGUACAUGGGGAAGGAUAUUACUUCAAAUCGGUGGUUGACUCGUGGAGGAAACAAAGCGGCGGGGAGGAGGUUCUGCAGAGGGACGGGCAGAAAAACAUAACCGAGCAGUCGGAGCAGGAUUAUUUGCCCCUGGCGACAGUUGCCGCGUUAGUGGGAGAUUCGUUAGAGGCACAAGGCAUCCGGGUACUGUUUCUCAGCAGAAGUGGAGGCGAAAAUCGUGCAAUAGGCGAAGCUCUAACAGCCCUGCUCGCUGCACGCGGCAUUACAGUAAUGCGUCUCCAAACUGUUGUCGAGUCACUCGAUAAGAAGAGCUACGGUGGUGGUGAUGGUGGUGAUUGUAGGGAUGGUGACUGUGGGGAAGACAGCAACAGAAGCAGCAGCAGGAACAUCAACAGCAGAAGCAGUGACAGGAUUCGAGGGACUAGCGAUGAUGGUAAUGACGAUGAUAAUAAUGGUACUGAGGGUGAUGGUGGCAGGGAAGCAGUAGCAAGGGAAGGGGGAAAUUUUGCAGAGGCAGCAGCAGACACAGAGGUAGAGGGGGCAGCAUCAGUAACAGCUGACGUGGCAGCAUCAGAGGCGCACUCCAUACAACCUUCAGCUGACGUGGCAGCUGCAGCAGAGCUCCUCAUUGCUGCAAGUGCUCGCACUCUGCUUCUAUCCCCUGCCCCCUCCUCUCCCUCCUCCUCCCCCUCCUCUCCCUCCUCCUCCCCCUCCUCAUCUCCCUCCUCCUCUCCCUCCUCCUCUCCCUCCUCCUCUCCCUCCACCUCUCCCUCCUCCUCUCCCUCCUCCUCUCCCUCCUCCUCUCCCUCCUCCCCCACCCUCUCUCCCUCGGCCAUUCACAUUUGGAACGUGCGCCGGGCUAUGGGCAUGGAGUCAUGCUCCGACAUGCUGCUGUGAGGCAAUUUUGUGUUCUCAGCCCAACUCCCACACACACAGCGGGGAUGGAGGUAUGCUGUGUGCUUUUUGAGUCAACUAAAUAGUGUAACCUGCGCUGGGCUAAGGACAUAAGGUCAUGCUGGGAUGCGCUGCUAGGUAUGAGCCACACUCCAAGCGCACAGUGGGCACAUGAAGCACUCGUACCGUAUGUACAUGCUCUGGUGUGCUGCUAUGACGCAAUAGCAUGUUCUGAGCCGAACUCCGCGCAGAGGGCAUGUGUGGAGGAGUCAUGCUGGAAUGUGCGUGCUCUCAGAAUAACGCAAUGACUAGAAAGGAGGGAUACAAUGGAAUAUAUGGUUGGGGUGUUGUACUCUCUAAGAGCAGGAACCCUUCGAGCCUAUAACUGCUACAUAUACAAAUACUGUAAACGCCCGGAUAUAUAACCCUAGU